AUGGAGGUGUUUAAUGGUAGGGAAAGGGAUGUGAAUAAUGGUAGAGAAAGUGAUGUGAUUAAUGGUAGAGAAAGGGAUGUGAUUAAUGGUAGAGAAAGAGAGAUGAUUAAUGGUAGAGAAAGGGAGAUGAUUAAUGGUAGAGAAAGGGAUGUGAUUAAUGGUAGGGAAAGGGAUGUGAUUACUGGCAGAGAAAGGGAUGUGAAUAAUGGUAGAGAAAGGGAGAUAAUUAAUGGUAGGGAAAGGGAUGUGGUUAAUGGUAAAGACAGGGAGGUGAUUAAUGGUAGAGAAAGGGAUGUGAUUAAUGGUAGGGAAAGGGAUGUGAUUAAUGGUAGAGAAAGGGAGAUAACUUAUGGUAGAGAAAGGGAUGUGAUUUAUGGUAGAGACAGGGAGGUGAUUAAUGGUAGAGAAAGGGAGAUGAUUAAUGGUAGGGAAAGGGAGAUGAUUACUGGUAGGGAAAGGGAGAUGAUUACUGGUAGAGAAAGGGAUGUGAUUAAUGGUAGAGAAAGGGAUGUGAUUAAUGGUCGAGACAGGGAGGUGAUCAAUGGUAGAGAAAGGGAGGUGAUUAAUGGUAGGGAAAGGGAGAUGAUUAAUGGUAGAGAAAGGGAUGUGAUUAAUGGUCGAGACAGGGAGGUGAUUAAUGGUAGAGAAAGGGAUGUGAUUAAUGGUAGGGAAAGGGAUGUGAUUAAUGGUAGAGAAAGGGAGAUAACUUAUGGUAGAGAAAGGGAUGUGAUUUAUGGUAGAGACAGGGAGGUGAUUAAUGGUAGAGAAAGGGAGAUGAUUAAUGGUAGGGAAAGGGAGAUGAUUAAUGGUAGAGAAAGGGAUGUGAUUAAUGGUAGAGAAAGGGAUGUGAUUAAUGGUAGAGACAGGGAGGUGAUUAAUGGUAGAGAAAGGGAGGUGAUUAAUGGUAGAGAAAGGGAGAUGAUUAAUGGUAGGGAAAGGGAGAUGAUUAAUGGUAGAGAAAGGGAUGUGAUUAAUGGUAGGGAAAGGGAUGUGAUUAAUGGUAGAGAAAGGGAGAUAACUUAUGGUAGAGAAAGGGAUGUGAUUUAUGGUAGAGACAGGGAGGUGAUUAAUGGUAGAGAAAGGGAGAUGAUUAAUGGUAGGGAAAGGGAGAUGAUUACUGGUAGAGAAAGGGAUGUGAUUAAUGGUAGAGAAAGGGAUGUGAUUAAUGGUAGAGACAGGGAGGUGAUUAAUGGUAGAGAAAGGGAGGUGAUUAAUGGUAGAGAAAGGGAGAUGAUUAAUGGUAGGAAAAGGGAGAUGAUUAAUGGUAGAGAAAGGGAUGUGAUUAAUGGUAGGGAAAGGGAUGUGAUUAAUGGUAGAGAAAGGGAUGUGAUUAAUGGUCGAGACAGGGAGGUGAUUAAUGGUAGAGAAAGGGAUGUGAUUAAUGGAAGGGAAAGGGAGAUGAUUACUGGUAGAGAAAGGGAUGUGAUUAAUGGUAGAGAAAGGGAUGUGAUUAAUGGUAGAGACAGGGAGGUGAUCAAUGGUAGAGAAAGGGAGGUGAUUAAUGGUAGAGAAAGGGAGAUGAUUACUGGUAGAGAAAGGGAUGUGAUUAAUGGUAGAGACAGGGAGGUGAUCAAUGGUAGAGAAAGGGAGGUGAUUAAUGGUAGAGAAAGGGAGAUGAUUAAUAGUAGGGAAAGGGAGAUGAUUAAUGGUAGAGAAAGGGAUGUGAUUAAUGGUAGGGAAAGGGAUGUGAUUAAUGGUAGAGAAAGGGAUGUGAUUAAUGGUAGAGAAAGGGAGAUGAUUAAUGGUAGAGAAAGGGAUGUGAUUAAUGGUAGAGACAGGGAUGUGAUUAAUGGUAGAGAAAGGGAUGUGAUUAAUGGUAGAGACAGGGAGGUGAUUAAUGGUAGAGAAAGGGAGGUGAUUAAUGGUAGGGAAAGGGAUGUGAUUAAUGGUCGAGACAGGGAGGUGAUUAAUGGUAGAGAAAGGGAUGUGAUUAAUGGUAGGGAAAGGGAUGUGAUUAAUGGUAGAGAAAGGGAGAUAACUUAUGGUAGAGAAAGGGAUGUGAUUUAUGGUAGAGACAGGGAGGUGAUUAAUGGUAGAGAAAGGGAUGUGAUUAAUGGUAGGGAAAGGGAGAUGAUUAAUGGUAGAGAAAGGGAUGUGAUUAAUGGUCGAGACAGGGAGGUGAUUGAUGGUAGAGAAAGGGAGAUAACUUAUGGUAGAGAAAGGGAUGUGAUUUAUGGUAGAGACAGGGAGGUGAUUAAUGGUAGAGAAAGGGAUGUGAUUAAUUGUAGGGAAAGGGAGAUGAUUAAUGGUAGAGAAAGGGAUGUGAUUAAUGGUCGAGACAGGGAGGUGAUUGAUGGUAGAGAAAGGGAGAUAACGUAUGGUAGAGAAAGGGAUGUGAUUUAUGGUAGACACAGGGAGGUGAUUAAUGGUAGAGAAAGGGAUGUGAUUAAUGGUAGGGAAAGGGAGAUGAUUAAUGGUAGAGAAAGGGAUGUGAUAAAUGGUAGGGAAAGGGAGAUGAUUGAUGGUAGAGAAAGGGAGAUGAUUAAUGGUAGGGAAAGGGAGAUGAUUACUGGUAGAGAAAGGGAUGUGAUUAAUGGUAGAGACAGGGAGGUGAUUAAUGGUAGAGAAAGGGAGGUGAUUAAUGGUAGAGAAAGGGAGAUGAUUAAUGGUAGGGAAAGGGAGAUGAUUAAUGGUAGAGAAAGGGAGAUGAUUAAUGGUAGGGAAAGGGAGAUGAUUAAUGGUAGAGAAAGGGAGAUGAUUAAUGGUAGGGAAAGGGAGAUGAUUACUGGUAGAGAAAGGGAUGUGAUUAAUGGUAGAGACAGGGAGGUGAUUAAUGGUAGAGAAAGGGAGGUGAUUAAUGGUAGAGAAAGGGAGAUGAUUAAUGGUAGGGAAAGGGAGAUGAUUAAUGGUAGAGAAAGGGAGAUGAUUAAUGGUAGGGAAAGGGAGAUGAUUAAUGGUAGAGAAAGGGAGAUGAUUAAUGGUAGGGAAAGGGAGAUGAUUAAUGGUAGAGAAAGGGAUGUGAUUAAUGGUAGAGACAGGGAGGUGAUAAAUGGUAGAGAAAGGGAUGUGAUUAAUGGUAGAGAAAGGGAGAUGAUUAAUGGUAGGGAAAGGGAGAUGAUUAAUGGUAGAGAAAGGGAGAGGGAGGUGAUUAAUGGUAGAGAAAGGGAUGUGAUUAAUGGUAGAGACAGCGAGGUGAUUAAUGGUAGAAAAAGGAUGUGA